AUGGACUCCAAGCCGGCGGCGGCGGCGCGUAGGAAGAAGGAUGCCUCGAAGAAGCGGCAGGAAGGAGGAGGAGGAGGCCUGCGCGGGCCCAGCGUGUCCCCGGCGGCGCCCCCCGCGGACGCCGCCGCCGGGAGCGGCGCGGCGAUGGCGGAGUGCGCGGCGGCGUGCUGCGUGCUCUGCGCGUGCCUCCCCGUGGCCGUGCUCUGCUGCGUGGCGCGCGCCCCGCUCCGCGUCGCGCGGCGGUGCUACGGCAGGUGUCGGCGGCGGGGGCCCCGGCGGCGGCUCGCGCCGGGGGGCUCCUCGUCGUUCUCGGACGCCGAGGUCGGGGAGUUCCUGCAGCAGGGCGGCGGUAGCGGUGCCCGCAGGCGGGUAAUGGGGCAGGACGGGAGGCAGCCGCCCUCGCCGCCGGCGUCGGCCCGUCAAUCGCCGCCGCCGCCGCCGUCUAGGGAUUGGAGGAGGUAG